CUACAUGACAACUCAAGCUUAAUAAUGCGAAGAAAAACUUUUAAAUGUGUUAAAUCGUAAACAAGGAAGACUGAUAAACCGUGAGAGAAGAGUUGAGGAAUCAGAAUGAGACCAGGCGUGGAAACUGAUCCUGUGUCAGUACCACUAGAGAUGGGAGAAAAUGGUCUGACACAGAUCUUAGCCCAUGUCAUCACUGAGGUGAAAGGUUCCAUAAAUAAAGAUAUAAACGGGGUUGAACUGUUGCACAGUCUUCUCAACGCCCCCUGGCUCCAUUCCCUACUAAAGGUGUAUGAAUGCCUACAGCAGCACCUCGAACAUUCUCCUAAAUCGUAUAUCUCCUAUUCUUCUGGACUAUCUUUGCAGAUUCUGUCUGAUCUGCUGGCAAUCCCAAAUCCUUCGAAUGAAGCUCGAGAACUCUAUGGCCUCCUCAGUCAGCCCCACAUACAGGCUCUUCUCUCGGCGCAUGACACAGUUAGUAUAAGAGACUACGAACCAGGACUGCCUCCACUGCCUAAAGACCUGCCUGAAGAUGAGGAAGCCAUGAGGAUCGUUUGCCUGGUCAAAAACAAUCAGCCUUUGGGAGCGACAAUUAGAAGAGAUGAUACAACGGGGGAAAUAUACAUCGCCCGAAUUAUACAUGGAGGACUGGCUGACCGCAGUGGUCUCUUACAUGCUGGAGACAGGCUGGUGGAGGUAAACGGCCACCCUGUUUUUGGGCUGGAACCAGAACAGAUCAUACAAAUUCUGGCCCAUUCUCAAGGAACCAUAGUGUUCAAGGUGGUUCCCAUCACCGACAGAUCAGUCAACAACCAAACCAUGCUGUAUGUACGAGCCAUGGUGGACUACAACCCCCAGAUGGACCCUUCCAUUCCCUGUGCGGAUGCCGGAGUGGCCUUCAGGAAGGGAGAUAUCCUUGAGAUUGUGGACCAAUCAGAUGACCUCUGGUGGCAGGCCAUCAAACUGCCCAGCAUCUCUGCCUGCGCUAGCCUCAUUCCUUCCACAAGCUUGCUCAAAAGAAAGCAGAAAGAGUCGUGGUGGUCUCAGCCUUAUCAAACACACACCUGCUUCAAAACCUUAAGCACAGUGGAUGAGGAAGAAGACCUAAUUGCUAUAGAUGACAAAUGUGUAGAAGCAGAUGAGGAAGCGUUUGAAUCUGAAGAGAGUGAAUUCAGCACCAAUGUGGAUGGGAUUUAUCUUACUGGUUUUCGCCGAAGUCUGCGUCUCUGUCGCCGGCGAAGGAGUCAGGCAUUUGGAGCUUCUCAGUUCUGCUCACUUCGCUGCCCCGCCAGCUGCUACAGCUCCCUGGCCAACCCAUAUGAAGAAGUGGUGCGAUACCAGCAUCAUCCAGAACACAGACAUCGCUUAAUAGCACUUAUAGGUCCAUCUGGGGUCGGCGUGAAUGAACUGCGCAGGAGACUAAUCGAGAUCAAUCCAAAGGUUUACCAAGGAGCUGUUCCUCAUACCACACGACCUCCCAAAUCCUACGAGGAAUCUGGAAGAGAAUAUCACUUUGUCAGCAAAGAGCAGUUUGACAACAUGGUCUGCAAUCACAGGUUUAUUGAGUUUGGCGAGUUCAAGAGUCAUCUCUACGGUACUAGUAUAGAUGCAGUCAAAGAAGUUUUGGCCAGUGGAAAAAUCUGUGUGAUUGACAUUGGACCAUAUGCAUUAGAGUCAGUAAGGACCCCGGAGCUGAGGGCUUAUGUCAUCUUUAUAAAGCCCCCAUCUAUUGAGCAGAUGAAACAGACGCGAACAAACUCUCAUAUUAUCACAAAUUACUACAUCAGCCGACCCUUUAAGGAUGAAGACUUUCAGGAAAUAGAGGACGCCGGACACAAAAUGGAGCAGCAGUACUGUCAGUUCUUUGAUCAUGUUAUUGUAAACGAGGGCCUGCAGGCCGCAUGCGUGCAGCUGCUAACCGCAGUGAGGAGAGCCCAGGAUGAACCGCAGUGGGUACCAGCUGCAUGGAUCAGACCAACAGAGCAGUCUUAAAAAAGAGAAGUCGUCAAAGAGAAGGGACUUUCACCUUACAUGAUGAGAAUAUUGUUUGUUUUGUCUGUUAAAAUAUUAAAUCUAAAUAAAUUAUAUACAUAAUAUACAUCAAAACAUACACUGCAAAAAAUGAUUUUACUUACUUAGUAUUUUUGUCCUGUUUUUAGUAAAAAUAUCAAAAAAUUCUUAAAUUCAGAAGCUUUUUCUU